AUGCUAAAUGUUAAGACUACAAAGCGAAGGAACAACGGACGCAACAAGAAAGGACGUGGCCACGUCCGGCCUGUGCGCUGCACAAACUGUGCCCGUUGUGUGCCCAAGGACAAGGCCAUCAAGAAGUUUGUCAUCAGAAACAUCGUCGAGGCUGCUGCAGUCAGAGAUAUCCAGGAUGCUAGUGUUUAUGACGUGUACGCUCUGCCCAAGCUGUAUGCAAAACUUCACUACUGUGUGAGCUGUGCCAUUCACUCCAAGGUAGUACGUAAUAGAUCCAAGGAGGCACGUAAGGACCGUACACCCCCACCACGCUUCCGCCCAGGAAUGGCUUCUGGACAGCAGCCAAGACCAGGUGGCACCGCAGGACGUUAAAAAUGUCAUGAAAACCUAUCACUCUUCACAAUGGUCGUAAAACAUUGAAGCAGUUGCACCAAGAAAAUGGCUGUGCAAUCUUCAUUGGAUCGUCCUUAAACAGUCUAGCUUCGCAGUCAUCACAAAUAUAGAAAUACACAUCUGGAAAAAUUAACCGUUUGAAUAAAAUAAACACCAUCAAUGGCAAAAUGAUAACAGAA